GUGUUUUGGUUUUGGGGUUUUGUCUUCUUCAGGUUUUUUGGACGACGAUAAAGGUGAUAAAAGUGAAUGCAAGCCGUUUCCCAAAUCCCGCCGUCGUUCUCUUUGCAAAAGUGGACCUGAAAGUGCAAGAGGCCUGCAGAAUCGCAACCAACCGCAGCUGCUUAACUCUCAACCCGGGACUUCCAUCACCACCCAUCAAUUUCUGGAACUCGAAGAACGGUUUCAGGAAUUGCGGCCAGUUUAGAGGAAAAAAGGACACUCUCUUUUACCCCGCCACUCCCCGUGAUGGACAUCAAUCGAGUUCCGAACGAAAGGAAGCUGUACCUCUGCAAGUGGUACUUCAAAGCUGGUUUCGCUCUCCUGCCCUUCCUGUGGUCCAUCAACACGAUCUGGUUCUUCAACGAGGCGUUCCGGAAACCGGCCUACGACGAGCAGAAGGAAAUCAGGAAAUAUGUAGUGUUUUCGCUGGUGGGUACGCUGGUGUGGCUCGUGGCCAUCAUUUCCUGGGUCGUGACAUUCCAGAUGAAACGCACGGACUGGGGAGAAUUCGCGGAUAACAUAAGCUUCCUAGUGCCCCUCGGGCGGGCGUAGUAUUAACCAUCACCGACUAAUCGUCAGCAUUAUCUGUUAGCCUCACUACCCUCUAAUCAUCAUCUAAGCGCAUUCAAUAAAGUCAGCGAAGGUUAGCGUCCAACAAA